GUGUUGUGUAAACAAAUCUAUUAAUAACUUAUUUUCCGACAUUGAUAAAAAAGUUUUAUAUCAAAAAUUGAAUGUCUCACAAGUGCAGGAACAUUUUGUAAUAUUUUUCACAACUUUAUUAUAAAUUAUAUUAUAAAAAAUUGUUAAAAAUGUCCAGUGCCAAGAUUGAGAGUGUAGAGAAGGUUUUGGAUAAAUAUAUUCCUGAAGAGGAACUAAAGGAGGUUAAAAAGAUUAUUUAUGGACGCAACGAUUAUUCAUCGUUGGAUCUCCACCCAGACAGUUUAUCAUUUGCAACAACGAACAAUUUCGAAAUCCGUGGCCACACUUUUGUACCUCUAGCUCGCCAUGAAUCUACAAGAGCCUCGAGAGUUGUUAGAAUUGCAGCAGUGCAAUUUGCACUACCCGAAGGACUCAACACGUGGACUCCUGUGGCUGAAAUGAGAGAGGCUUUGUAUGGAAAGGCUAGGAAUAUUAUACAAGCUGCUCAUGAUAAUAAUGUUAAUGUGCUUUGCUUGCAGGAAGCAUGGACAAUGCCUUUUGGGUUUUGUACUCGAGAAAAAUUACCUUGGUGUGAAUAUGCUGAAUCAGCAGAAGAUGGAUCAACAACCCGUAUGUUGCAAAAGCUUUGCAAAGAAUACAACAUGGUGAUAAUUUCACCAAUUUUGGAACGUGAUGCAAACCAUGGGGAUACCAUUUGGAACACUGCAGUCGUUAUUGAUAAUAAAGGAGAGGUUUUGGGCAAACACAGAAAAAAUCACAUUCCAAGAGUUGGAGAUUUUAAUGAGUCGACUUAUUACAUGGAAGGAAACACUGGCCAUCCUGUUUUUGAAACUGAUUUUGGAAAACUUGCCAUAAACAUUUGUUACGGUCGACACCAUCCACUCAAUUGGACUAUGUUUGCAAUUAAUGGAGCAGAGAUCAUCUUUAAUCCUUCGGCAACUAUUGGGUCUUUAAGUGAACCCCUGUGGCCAGUAGAGGCUCGCUGUGCAGCAAUAGCUAACGGGUGCUUCACAGUGGCCAUAAAUCGUGUGGGAACAGAAAUCUUUGAAAAGGAAUUCACUUCAGGAGACGGCAAGGAAGCUCAUAAGAACUUUGGCCCGUUUUAUGGGUCCAGCUAUGUUGCAUCGCCUGAUGGACAGCUGAGCGAGUUUUUGUCUCGAAACAAGGAUGGAUUGCUCAUUGCUGAAAUGGAUUUGAAUUUAUGCAGACAAGUCAAAGAUCAUUGGGGAUUCAGAAUGACUCAGAGAUUAGAACUAUAUGCUGAGAGUUUUACGAAAGCUGUACAGCAUGACUUUAAGCCACAGAUUGUUAAAAAGUAA